AUGGCAGACUUUCGCCACAGCCCUCGUCAAUUAGUUGGCUAUAUCCGCAAAAUCGUUCCUGAUCCUAGGAAUCCAGCGAUCUCAACUCCCUCUAACCCCUCGCCGCUUAAUUGUUCACAUCCACCCGAAGCAAUCACUCCCAAGCGCAAUUCAACGAUUAAAACGAGUCAACCCUCUUCCAAUUCUUGCGUGCUCCCAGGCCAUGAUGGGCAGUUCACCUUUACAUCCCUCUUACCAAGUACUAGCCAGCAGCCCUCGGGAUCGGCCAAUCGGAGCAACCAGAUCACUUCGGAACCACACCUUCCCUCAGGCCAAGGUCGACAGUUAAUCUUCACCUCCCUCUUGCCGAGUAGUAGCCAGUCAUCACCCGUUGGGCCUGAUCAAGAAUUGAUUCGACUCAAAUCUCUACUCCAGAGGGCUCGUCCAUGUCGAAGCUGCAAGUCUGUCAUCGAAACCACUCCGCCGGUCUCCCCGGAUCAGAUUCAUCAUUACUGCCCGAUGUGUUGUGAGGUCAUUUGCAAGGGAUGCAUGAAUGUCACCGGAUGCGACUGGAGUUGUUCAGGACCGUUUCAUGGACAGGAUUGUCCAACGAUAAAAUGCUGCGCCACCGGUCGAGCAUCAAUUUGGAUCGAGCUGUUAGGGCAACUUGAUUCUUGCUUCCUAAUGAAUCAAUACAAAAUAUCUUUCAAACAUGGUCCCAAGAUAACUCACCUAUACGGCGACGAAGCUUUGGUCGAGUAUAUGAACGCCGCAAAUGGAUUGUUGAUCGCCAGUGGAGACGAUGACGAGCGCUUGGGCUACCUUGGAUCUAUACUCAUCAGCUCAACAUUGAUCGAUGUUCUCAGUCAGACAUUUCUAUGUUCUCCCCUCUUGAGUUGGCACUUUCGGGCGGAACUAUUCCUAAGCACAAUUAGUGUGGUUCAAGGAAUCCUCCAGAAGCUCGAUCAGCCUUGGAAGAUCCUCAACUCGGAAUUUGUCAAAUCAAGCACCACUGGUAUCUCUCCUCUUGAUCAUCGGCAGCACAAAAUCAUAUGGAAUAAGAUCUCUGAAAAGGAUCAUCGACCUAAUUCGACUGAAACGAAACUCGAAAAGCUACAAGACUCGUUCCCCGGUUUGAUGGCCGAUGUUGAGGAAAUUCUUCAUAAUCGUAGAAAGCCCAUGAUAAUUUACCACUCGGCGCUGCCCUCUCUCAGACAAUCGAUCAACCAAAACAGUACCAGAUCACUAUCAUCAGACCAUCAAUCGACCCAAGCUUGCACGGUCGUUCCUACUCCACUCACAUCCGUCUCCUCUAACGCUCAACAUGGCUCAACCAGCUCCGAUCCCACCUUCCGAAAGAGUGCUACCUUCACUAGACGCAGCGGAAGUAGGGCCGAUGGUCGUGGUUCUAUCGUUGUCCAUACCAGAACCCAUGACAAUGCCCAACUUCCCCAUGCGACUAAGAUGCAGAUGGCGGAUUACCUUAGGAAAUUCGAACAUCUUUUCAUGGUCACCCCUCAACGGUUUGAAAGAGGAUGGACACCUAUGAUACCCACAUUUGUGUUUGGAUGGCCAACCGGCAAGGAAGUUGGCCCAUACUUGGCCGUGGACUUGGGUAAGCUGAUGCCCUCCACCCAUCAUGCCAACCGCUGCCAAUUAAGAGACAUGUUCUUGAAACUCGGGCGGUACCAAUUUGCGUUUGCUGGUCCUGAGCUCAAUAUAAUUGACUUCCUUUCGUCAGGGAUUCGGGUCCAGCUCACUUCACUGAUGGUCGUUUCCCUUGCUACGCUUGUUGUGUCCUUCUUGUCGUUACGAAAACCAUUUUCGGAGUUCCCUUCUUUACUGGGUGCAAUAGCUGCUUCCACGAAGAAAGUCGCAAAUAUCCCCAAAAUUGCCUCACUCGGCCUUCCUCCAGAUGCCGAGAUGGCUAUCACUUGUGAAUGGGGGGCUUUCGAUUUUGGUACCCCUGAACACUUGCCUCGAACCAAGUAUGAUUUGGUCAUCGAUGAAACCUCUAAUAAGCCUGGAGAACAAGCUUUUGAGAAGAUGAUCGCCGGCCUCUAUCUUGGUGAAGCUUUCCGACUGACCGUAGGGGAGAUGAUCGAAGAAGGGAUCUUGUUUUUGGGUCAGAAUACAUAUAAGAUGGAAAAGAGCUAUUGUUUCGAUACUGCCUUCCUCAGUCUGAUCGAAAGUGACCCCACAGAGGAAUUAUUGACAGUCACAGGGUUAUUUACACACUUCUUUGGCUUGGAUACCACGAUUUCCGAACGCCAGUUUUUCCGAAGACUUGCGGAAUUGAUAGGUACCAGGUCCGCUAGACUUUCGGCCUGUGGAAUAGCGGCUAUAGUGUCCAAGAUGGGAAUGGUCGAAACCGGAUGUGGAGUGGCUACCGAUGGAAGUCUUUACAAUAAAUACCCACAAUUUCCCCAAAGGUUACAUGAAGCUCUCGUGGAUAUUUUUGGUGAAAAGGGCCGCUUAAUUAAAACCUAUCAUGCCGAAGAUGGCCGCGGAGUAGGAAGUGCAAUAAUUGCAGCGAUGACCAAAGCAAGAUUGGCAGAGGGCAAAUUCACUCAUGUCUAG